CGAGCUCCUUAUCGACCCCAACAGCAGCUGGGGCAGCCAACCACUUUGUUGAACGGGAACUCGUUAGAAAGAGACGAUCGUGGAAAAAUCGUUGGAAAAGUGUAAACAGACUAGAAAACAGCGGAAUUAAACUGUUCUGAAGCAUUGUUACUUUGUCACCCGAAUAACGGAAACCGUCGUCGCUUUUCGCCGGUACCGAGGCAUACACAAAACUUCCCAAAGAGGAAUUCUCUCAUUCAGGAUGUCGGAGUGAAACAAAGAGGUCUGAGGGUAUUCCUGUCGGAAAGGGGUUGAACUUCAUCCUUGUGGCCUUCUCUGAAUGGGAAAGAUGGAAAGGGAAUUACAAUGGUGGAAAGGACAGCUAGCAGAGGAUAUCCAUCAGUCCCUUCGCAUCAAGGAGUUGAAGCUGCCUGUGUACCGGGCCCACUCCCCUCAGAUAGGGAUGCGUCGGUACUUUGCGGACCUGCUGGCCAUACUGUCGAACCGCUACCAGCUGUGUCCUACAGCCAGACACCUGUCUGUCUACCUACUGGACCUGUUCAUGGACCACUACGAUGUAGCCGUCAAACAGCUCUACGUCAUCGCUCUGUCCUGCCUGCUCCUUGCCAGUAAGUUUGAGGAGAGGGAGGAUCGUGUACCUAAGUUGGAGCAGCUCAACUCCCUGGGCUUCAUGUGUUCUCUGAGCCUUGUUCUCAACAAGAGAGACCUCAUCAAGAUGGAGCUGCUGCUGUUGGAGACGUUCAGCUGGAACCUGUGUAUGCCCACCCCGGCCCACUUCAUAGACUACUACCUCCAGGCCUCGGUGCAGGAGGGAGACCUGUACAACGGCUGGCCUCUCUCCUCCCUCUCCAAGACCAAAACCUUUAUGGAAAAGUACACACACUACUUCCUGGAGGUGUCACUGCAAGACCAUGCGUUCCUGAGUUUCCGGCCGUCUCAGGUGGCAGCAGCAUGCGUAGCGGCGUCUCGUAUCUGUCUCCAGAUUUCUCCGAGCUGGACCACGUCUCUACACCUACUGACUGGAUACACCUGGGACCACCUCACACACUGCAUCAAACUCAUGCUGCUUGCCCAUGACAACGAUGUGAAGGAGGCCAACAAACCCAAAUCCACCCCUCCAUUGUCUUGCUCCUCCUCUCUCCAGUCCCACCCUCCUCCCUCCCACCUCUCCCCGGUCCAGAGACCAGCUACCUCCUCCAAUCCCCAGCAACUCCUCUUCCAGCCUGGCCCAGUGGGCUUCCCUCACCUCUCCCAGCACUCCCCCUCCCUGUCCCAGCUCCAUGCGCUAGCUGACUCCCAGGCUUUGGGGCCUGCUGUGGUCAACAUGUCCCAGGACAUCCUCCAGAGCCACAGGAUGGGGCUGCUCACUGGGGCCAACACCAUGACCUCCACAGCAGGGACCUUCCCCUCCUAUCCUAGCCUGACUUCGGGGCUGCAGCCUGGGGCUCGGGUGGCACCGCUGGCCUUGCAGGGCCCCAUCUCCAUGCAGGUAGCCUUGGCUGCGGAGCCGCGACACUGCCUCAGCAUGGCCUACAGCGGAGGGUACCUGGGGGGCGUGGGCCCCCACCACACCUUCACGUCAGCGGGCUGCUUCGAUAGGUGACGCCAGGAGACGGAGGAGAGGAUGAACAGCAAACCGCCCCGAGCCAGGGACAGGGAGCGCUCCAAUCCUCUUCCCUCACUACUUCCUCCUCCUCUCCGCUCCCUGGCAGACCUCCUCUCCAUCUCCGUCAGCACCCCGUCCCCCUCCUCGGCCGCCCCCCGCCCUGCGCCCCCCACCCUCAGACAGAGACGGCGAGAAAGACGGCUAAAACACAAGCAAAGGUCAAAGGGCACCGAUGACCCCGUAGAGGUCAUCACACUGACAUGACACCUGAUGUCACUGACUGAUGUUGAACGCUGUGUUCCGAUCACGUCACAGGAACACGAUUCCAAGGCAAUAGCAUUAACCCACUGUAGAAUGGUCACGGUAUGUCCCUGAUUAAGAUGCUGUUAUCACUGUGAACCAGAGGCUAUGCAGCAUGAUUCCUCCUCAGUGCCUCCUGUGUUUCGACCAGAGUGAUGUCUGUCUGUGAAUUCAGAUGAAGUGCUGCUGGGUCUCUCACUGUAAUCCAAAAAUAUCAACUCAACUGAAGACGAGAAAUAGGCCAGUAAAGUGACAUAUUGAGCUGCUGACUUGGGAACAGUGGUAUGAAGUGUUAUAAGUAGACAUACCAGUGAAUUUAAAAGGCUGUGUCACUUGCUAUGUCAGCCUUAUAUCACUCUUAUGCCAGUGAAUAAAGGGAUUAUGUCACUCGUCACUAAGUGCUCCAGGGACAUUCUGAGAAUUCCUACCCAAAAUCCUCUCUGGCUGGGGAGGGGAGGCCACAGAGUUCAUUGUUCUGUCACAGCAGGGGAAAUCCAUAGUUUUAACAUAGCUGUCAUGUUUUGGCUUUCUCUUCUUUCAUCCUUCUCCCUUCCUUCCUCCUUGUCACCUCUCCUUACAGCCUUUAUUCUCCCUUCCUCCCUCCUUGUCACCUCUCCUUACAGCCACCAAGUCUCGUAAUGAGGGUUAAAAAGUGAAGCUUUGUUUCCCACGUCCCUCCACUCAGACUUUAAGUGGAAGUGAACUGACAUGGAAUGCUCAUGAUAAAGGAGACUUGGAAACAUAGAAAUAGAAUGAUUGGCAUUCUAAUUCUAUGCUUAGAACUUUGUUGAAGUAGACAAUGAAAUGCUGCUGCCUUCUAUUAGAAGUGAUGGUUCUGUGUGAGCUGAAGACUUGUUUCCAUGAACCACAGCGUAUAUCAGGGACUUGAUUUAAUGGAUUACUUGAAUACGAUGCCAUUGAAACGUGCCGUAGCUUUUUAUUUAUAUUGACACAUUUAUUCAUUGUUGCUUUAUUUUGUAUUCUUUGGUUAAGUAAGUUUAGUUUGAGUUCUUUUUAUACCAGCGUGUAAACAGCCUAUAAACAUUGUUCAUUUGUAAUGUUUUUUUCUGUGCCCUUGUAUAACUGUAUAUUCAGGCUCAGGUUAGGCUGAGAAUAUCCAAUCAGCCGUCUCCUUAUUGCUGAGGUUACCCGAUCAGCUGUCUUCAUACUGUGUCCUAAUGAGUGUGUUUUAAGUAGAUAUUAGCAUGGCACCCAGGAGGGUUUCUCACGUAUCUACCUCUCUGAGGAAGAGGACCUGAAUUUUUAAAUGACAUACUGAGCUAUAUAAACAAACACUAAGUUUGCAUCCUGGUAGAAUCCGUGACCUUGAGGACGAUGAAACACACAGCCCAUCUGCAGCUUGUCAUUACUAAUUGCUUCCCACAUUUCCAGCACUGCAUUUCCCAAACUUCUACUUCCUGUUGGAACGUAAACACAUCCAGAUUCCCCUUCUGGGUCUCGCUGGUUACCGUGGCGAUGGCCCAAAAAAAUCUACAUCGGGCUCACUCAGAAGGAGAGUUAGUUGGAACGUUAUAGAAUGUUUAGAUAGAAAUGUGCUAUUUAGAUCAGCUAUGGGUAUCUGUUGUGUAGAGCAGGGAAUAAUGGAAGCUCUAUAAAUCACAUUUCUAUCUGCUACGGUGUAAACUUCUGGUCCUAUUCUCUGUCCGUAUGCUUUUGAAUGUGUAUGUUUUUACUGUGGUUGUACCUUGUCCCCAGCAGUUUUCAGACUUAAACUAUGCUGAUACUACUAAGGCUGUGUUCUGGUUCUCAGAACAUUUUCUAUAUAGGUUUUUAUGUUCUGAUUCUCAAUGUUCCAGGCUUAGAUAUCAGAGAUUUAUUUCAUUGAACGCUGUAUGAAGCCUGCUUAAGCAAGUUAUCUGUCAAGCAUUUGAAAUGUGUCUAAACCUUUUUAUAGCAUGAACAUACCUUACUGUAGUCUAGAUAGUAAUUUACUAGAAAUGGAAUGAAGGGCUUACUAGAGAACUGUAUGUUGUUACUAGCAACCAAAUAUCUUUCUGCCUGAUCUCUUCUGAACUAUGUCAAUCUACCCAGACCCACUCACUGUACGGCCAUCACUACUUUUUAUAGACAAAGGGAUUCUGCCUUUUUUGUUAACUACAGUUUGUUAUUUUACAUUCCUGUUAUUUUAAGUGUAUUUUAUUUACUCUUGUUCUUCCUGUGUUUAAUAAAGAUGGAUGCAGUCGGCGUGGAGUACUGGGUCAUAUUCAUUAGGCACCAAACGGAAGAAAACGGACAAACAGGGAGGGACUAUAUUAACUUGUCCAAUUUAGAAAGAUUUUUUUUCUGUUGCAAAACGUUUUGCUACGGUGUGACCUAAUGAAUACGACCCUGUUUUAGAUAAAAGAACUCGGUCUUCCCUCACUAAAAAGCUACUUCUCGCUGAGGUCUCAAGGUGCAAUAUGUUUUUGUUUGUAGAACCAUAGCAAUAGAAUUGAUUCCUUCUAUUUCUACUGCUAGAGGUCUUCUCUCACAGCCGUCACUGUCUCGUGUAUAGCUCUCACCACUGGUUCAUCUUUUAUAACUUAAUUCUUUGACAUUAUUGUGUGAUUUGACUCGACGUUGAUCCUUGCUGCCAGAAAGCCGAGAGCUCUGAACACUAUGUUGCAUAUUGCAGCCUUGAUUGGUGUCCUGUACGUGUUGCUAUAGCGAUACUGUGCAUUUUUCUAUGUCCACAGAACUGUGCUGAGAAACACACACACACACAACCACACUACUUGUCCAAUGAAAUGACACCAGAAAUGUCCCACGUCUAUUUUUGUAAAGCUGUUUUUGUAGUCUUUGUUGAAGUGACACAGAGAUAAGUUUCUUUUAUCAGAUGAGCCGUUGAAAUAAACAACAAAAAUGAACUAAA